CUCUUAGUCCCUCACCUCGGGCUGCACUCUGCCGCAGCUACAGGCAACCUGGGUCUCGUGAAGUACGCGCUUGAACACGGCCAACCUAUCAACUCUGUUCUCGAUGGCGUCCUACCAUUACAUGCGGCCUGUUCGGGCGGGAACGACCUUGUCGUGAAGUUGCUUAUUGAGAAGGGAGCGGACGUGAAUGCGCCGCGAUUACCUCGGCGAUACUUCAAUGACAAGAAUCGCGAUACAUCCUAUCCUGUUGUUGGAAGUUCGGGAUCAACGCCACUCCACUUCGCAUGUGCCAAUGGGCAC